AUGACGCGCUUUCAUCAGAAACGCAAGUAUUUGAAGAACGUGGAUGCUUGCUUGAAGUGGAUUGUGGCUCAGACACAAAAGAGGUCCGUGGCAGUAGACCGUGUCGAUGGAAUAACCUCGGCUCUACGAGCGGCAUCUGUGUAUGCCUCGAUAAAGAUCCGCGACAACGAGGUGUGUUUCUUAUACGAACUUCUGGCGUUUCGCAGUGGUGAGUGGCUUAAUGAUAUGUGCAUUCGACUUGCUAUACAAGUGAUGACUCAAGAUCGAAGUGAUAUCGCAGUCUCUGUGACGUUUCUGAUCGACAAUCGGGUAUGA